UUGGCUCAGUAUCAGAAUCAGACUGCAUGUUGAUUGGUUUUUCUAUAAGCUCUCAGUCUGAAAUCAUACGCUGAUUGGUGGAAGGCGGUUAGUUUAGGUGUCCACAUGUUGAGGCAGACGGUCAUUGCUGCCCAUCAUCCCUCGCGUGCUGUAAACUACGUUCACUACACUUAUGCUCAUCUAGCUGCUCUUGCGGGGGUUGAGCUACGGAUCUCUGGUCCCGGCUCCCAAGUGUUAUUGUAUGAAUAGCUGCGUCGUGGUGUUGGCUGACUGGCACAACGCUCUUCAUCAUGGCCGGAGGAGGCGAGGAAAAAUCCUCUUUUACAGCAAAGAAACGGAAGUGUGUCAUAGAAGAUGUCAUACUGAAAGACAGAUCCAAGGUGGAACCAUUAUUUGUGACGUUUGCGAAUGGGAGACCUCUUGAGAAUGCAAAUCUGCAGGUAAAAUUACACCACAAUAACUCUGGUAAUUUCCGAGAUCAAGAUAAGCGGAUUCUUACAGUAGAAACCACAAAAUUGGACUAUGUUGGGAAAAAUUUUGGAGAAGAACCGAGGCCGUUGUUUGCAAAUCAGUCUGUUUUUCUUGGUGUACUAAACAAGGCUACAGGAAAAAUGAAGCUCAUAGAAACCAGUGCAUAUUGUGUCAGCCCAAUAUUAUCAGCUAAGAAUACCGCUUCUGAUUUGGUGUUACCAUUUGAGUCACUGACAUAUGCAGAAAAGCAACAGGCAAUAUCUUCUGAAUUUGGAACUAAACGAUCUCAGCAAAUGGUGAACCGUCGGAAUCAAUAUAAGGUUAAUGCCCAAAACAUGUCAGGAGCUAUUGACCAGGCUACAACGUCUGUCACUUUGGAACCUAAAAUGUUAAAAGAAGAUUUAACGACACACGAGACAUUUGCAGCAGUUUUACCAAAGUGUAACAGAGAGGCAAGUACAGUAGAGGAUGUGUACAAGUUGGAGUCUAUUGCUCCAGACCAUGUUUGGGAAAGUUUGGCAUCACCUGCCAAAGUGCUACUGAGGGAAGAGCAAAUAGAGAGCAAAACUUCAGUGCUAUUCCAACAAUUGAUCGCAAAUUCUAAGUCGAGGAAAAAUGAAGAUGACAAGAUCCAAACAGCAUGCAUUGCUCUUUAUGUGGAAUACCUCAUAACCUUCCUCAAAUGCAGGGGUAGAGAGCUACAAAAUAGUAAGGGUCAAGACAACUUAUUGAAUGACUGCCCCCCAAGAGUUAAACAAUACAUUCUGAAAGAAUAUACUGAAACUCACCACCAAAGAAAGGUACGCUCCAACCUAAAUGAGGACCGUGCUACUUGCUGUGUCUUGAUUUUGUCUCUGAUGGCAAAUAAAUACAAGCAAUCAGUCAAGACUCUUCUUCAGUCUCUGAGUAUCAAUCGAGACAGACUUAACAACCUCAUGAAAGUAGUUGGAGCAACGUAUGUAAGUGAUAGAAAUUCUUAUGAGCUCAAGAUCCCUCUUGCUAAAUUCUUCAAAGCCCACAAACGUGUUAAACCGUCCAAUAAGGGCUGGAACAAAUAAACUACUGUGCAAGUAUUGACUUUUUACAUGAUAUUAAAUUUGAAUAUUUA